GGUUUCGGCGGGUUCUGUUAAAAUGGCGCUGUUGCCAGGAGUGCGAAGCCAAUGGAGGAAUAACGACAGUGGAUAGAAGAACAUUUCUCGUCUUCGUCAGUCACAUACAUCAUGGCAGCACUUGAUCAGAAAUCCCCAAACGUUCUGCUGCAAAGUCUUUGCUGCAGAAUCACUGGGAAAAGCGAAGCUGAGGUCGCUCACCAGUUCCAGUACGCAGUGAGGGUUAUUGGGAGUAACUAUGCCCCCACCAUCGAGCGAGAUGAGUUCCUGGUGUCUGAAAAGAUCAAAAAGGAGUUGAUGAAGCAGCGGAGAGAGGCAGAUGCAGUGCGUUUCUCUGAACUCCAUCGCAAGCUGCAAACCCAGGGAGUGCUCAAACAAAAAUGGUCAGUCUUGUACCUGCUGUUGAGUCUUUGUGAAGACCCACGUAAACCAUCCAGUCGGGUGGGGAGCUAUGGCGCUCUGUUUGCCCAGCCCCUGCCCCGGGAUGCCCACUCCACGCCGUUCUACUGCGCGCGGCCCCAGUCGCUGCCCCUCAGCUACCCGGAGCGCGGUGUGGCCCAGAACAACACCAGCAUGGGCACCAGCGGCAUCAGCAGCCUGGGGGUGUACUCCCUCAACGGGCCCAGCCCCACGCCGCAGUCCCUGCUCAUCGGCCCCCCCAGGGGAGCUGAAAUAGGUGAAGUUGCACUGGUCCGGGACAUUUUGUAUGUCUUCCAGGGAAUCGAUGGCAAGUUUAUCAAGAUGAGCUCCCCUGAAAACUGCUACAAAAUUGACUCAAAGGUGCCCUUGUGCAAGUCGCUGCGUGACAUCAGCAGUCGUCUGGCGGAGCUGGGCUGGCUCCACAACAAGGUGCGCAAGUACACAGACUCACGCAGCCUGGACCGCGCCUUUGGCCUGGUGGGACAGAGCUUUUGUGCCUCCCUGCAUCAGGAACUCAAGGAGUACUACAGGCUUCUCUCAGUGCUGCACUCACAACUGCAGGUGGAGGAUGAGCAGGCCAUGAGCCUGGGAGUGGACAGCACACUGACACUGAGGAGGCUCCUCAUCUGGACCUACGACCCCAAGGUCCGGCUCAAAACCCUGGCCGCUCUCGUGGACUUCUGCCAAGGCAGGAAAGGGGGCGAGCUGGCGUCUGCGGUGCAUGCGUACGGCAAGACGGGCGACCCCAACAUGCGCGCCCUGGUGCAGCACAUCCUGGGCCUGGUGUCCCACCCGAUCCUCAACUUCCUCUACCGCUGGAUCUACGACGGAGAGCUGGAGGACACCUACCACGAGUUUUUCGUGGCCUCGGACCCUACGGUGAAAACGGAUCGGCUGUGGCAUGACAAGUACUCGCUAAGGAAGUCCAUGAUCCCCUCCUUCAUCACCAUGGACCAGGCCAGGAAGGUCCUGCUCAUCGGCAAGUCCAUCAACUUCCUGCAUCAGGUGUGUCACGACCGCACGCCGUCCGGAAAGAUCCCCCCGGCAUCCAAGGCCGUCGACUCGCCCAAAGACGCUGCAGAGCUCUUCACAGACCUGGAGGGGGCGUUCCAAGGCAAGAUUGACGCGGCGUACUUCGACACCAGCAAGUACCUGCUGGACGUGCUGAACAAGAACUACCAGCUGCUGGAGCACCUUCAAGCCAUGAGGAGAUACCUGCUGCUGGGCCAAGGAGAUUUCAUCAGGCAUCUCAUGGACCUACUCAAGCCAGAGUUGGCGAGGGCGGCCACCACCCUCUAUCAGCACAACCUGACGGGUAUCCUGGAGACCGCCGUGAGAGCCACCAACGCCCAGUUCGACAGCCCCGAGAUCCUCAAGAGACUGGACGUACGACUACUGGAGGUGUCGCCAGGAGACACGGGGUGGGAUGUCUUCAGUCUGGACUACCAUGUUGAAGGACCCAUAGCUACGGUGUUCACGCGUGAGUGUAUGAGCCACUACCUGCGGGUCUUCAACUUCCUGUGGCGUGCCAAGCGCAUGGAGUACAUCCUCACCGACAUCUGGAAGGGACAGAUGUGCAACGCCAAGCUGCUCAAGACCAUGCCUGAGUUGUCAGGUGAGCUGCACCAGUGCCACAUCUUGGCCUCGGAGAUGGUCCACUUCAUCCACCAGAUGCAGUACUACAUCACCUUUGAGGUGUUGGAGUGUUCGUGGGAUGAGUUGUGGAAUAAAGUGCAGCAGGCUCAGGAUCUGGACCACAUCAUCGCAGCCCACGACGUCUUCUUAGACACAGUCAUCACGCGCUGCCUCCUGGACACCAACAACAGGUCGCUGUUGAACCAGCUGCGGGCCAUCUUUGACCAGAUCAUCGAGUUCCAGACGACUCAGGACUCCCUCUACCGCUCAGCUCUGGAGGAGCUACAGCUACGCAUGCAGUUUGAGGAGCGCAAGAGGCAGCGCGAGAAGGAGGGUGAGUGGGGCGUGACGGCAGAGGAGGAGGCUGCUGAGAACAAGCGGAUUCAGGAGUUCCAGGAGUUCCAUGCCAAGAUGCGCUCGGAGCUGAGGAUCCUCUCCUACUCUUACCAGGGGAUAGUCCAGCAGUUCCUGGUUCUCCUCAUGACCAGUUCGGACGAGAGCCUGCAGUUCCUCAGCUUCCGGCUGGACUUCAACGAGCACUACAAGGCGCGAGACCCACGCCUGCGCAACUCCCUGGGCGCCACAAGGGGGCGACGAAGCUCCAACAUAUUAUGAAUCAAAACGGCGGGCCUCACCCACCAGGCCAAACCAAAUCACAGUACAUUAGUAUGGACACCCAGGUUCCUAUUCAAUCAGUUGUAAACAGAUUUGAAGGAUUUUUCAACUGUUGAUUUUGCAACCAAAAGACAGGAUUUCCUGUUUGGAAUUCCCCAUCAGAAACGUCUACACUACGGGAUGAUUUGCGUUUCGCAUAGUCAACCAUUGAUGUUCAUUCAAGGAGCAUUACCCCUCCCUCCGUAUGAUGAUGAUGGUGACAACCUUAAUUUAUGUACUCAUUGAAACAAACUGGGGUAGUCAACGCAACAUCUACUGAUCUACAUCUAUUGGCAAUUCCAACCAGGAAAAACAGUUCUCGAGAGUUGAAAAUGCCUCAAACCCGUUGAACCUGUUGCUGUCUCCUUACAAUGUAGAGUGAUUGGGUCAAACAAUCAUUAUGAAACUCCUCACGGCCUUCUUCACAAAUAGAGGAAUAUAAAGAUAUUAUAGAGAAGAAGAAGAAAAAAAGAAUUCGCAGCCUUCCCCCCCACACCAUUGCCAAAUAAAUGAAAAGGUGUACACAGAGGGAAAAAAAAAAUAUCGCUUCAAGGGAAGAGUGUGUGUUAAAAAAAACGUGUGUGUAGAAGCAGUGGAACAAGGUCACAGAUCUGCAUAGUGUGUCGCGGUUGUCAGUACAGCUUGCGUGUUUUUUCAUAUUGUGUGAAUUGAAGUUUACAUAAUUAUUUAAGUGAUCUGCUUUUGUACAUUAUUCUGUUGUGUGUGUGUGUGUGUGCGCGCGUGUGUGUGGUACUGUUUUCUUUUGUUUGUUUUUGUUUUGUUUCUUCUGCAUGUUGAGUUCAGACGUCAUGAAAUGCAGAUACAAGAAAGAGCUAACUUUUCAAAGAUGCUUCAGCCUUAAUGCAUACAAUACCGUUAUUUCACUUAUUUAAUUGUUUUGCAUUUUGCAGAAUUUUCUUGUGCCCCUUUCAUUCCUUUUCUGUUUUGCGAUCUGUGGCCUUUUGUUUUCUUUUAAAGCGUAAACAAGCCGUACUGAAUGACCACUUCCCUCCAUCCCACGUCAUAGCUGAGAAGGGUGAACUCCUCUAUUUUGCACUUGCCGCCUUUUUUCACAAAACGGAGGUUACCCUCAUCUUAUUAUGUGGCCAUGCCUCAACACAAAAAAAAAACCUAAAACAAGCUUGGCGCGGGUAUUGUAGCCACCUCUGUUUUUUUUUAAGGUGACGCAAAAAGGAGAUGGCAUCAUGAACCUGCACUCCUGCAGGCUGUGCAGUUCUCCCCAGUCGAGUUUUCAAUGCCAUUCUAAUUUCCACGUGGCUCCACCUUAAAUGCCAUCCCUCCAUCACUACUCACCCAUGAGUGCGUCUUAAUAUGCGACCUUGCCUCCUCCACUUGCGCUUGUCUCCUUGCCCCGCCUCCUGGCCCCUCCUCCGUGGAGAAAACGAUAAAGUUUCCCAGCUGUCAGCCUAGCCACAACAACUUUUGAGGGACUGUUUUUCAUUCACCAUAACAAUUGCAAACGAGAAAAAGACUCUACAAUUGAGCUUUUGCAAGAUAUUGAAAUAUAAUGCUGUUGUCAGUGAUGUCAUCAUGACGAGAAGCGAGUGGAGGAGGCAAGGUCACAUAUUGGGAUGCACCCCUUAUCUUAUAGGGGAACGGGGAGAGGAAGUGUCCCUCUCUUGUACCCCACUCCCAUCACUGUAUAGCACAGAUUUAUAGUUUAAGUAUAUGAUGUAAGCAAACACAUUGUCAUUUUUGUCUUUAAUAAAUAAACCUUUUUUUACAAC